GUUUCUUUCAUUCUCACGAAAACUUCGUCGUCUUUUCUUCAAAGGGUCGACCGCUCGACCCAAUAUUCUAUUGCGCCAAGUCAGUCGUAUAGACUUCGGGAUUUGACAUUCGACAUCCUGGCAUUAGACGCCAGAGAAAGGGAAUACUAAUUCAUAUUUACUAUUAAUUACUUGAUUUAGCACAACGGAUCGAACCAAUGUUGGAGAAUUGAAAUGUAGCAAGAUGGGUGUUUGGAACCACAUAACUUUUCUUAUAUGCUUAGUGUCUUUAUUUAGCACGGCGGCCGCACAAUCGGUUCCUCGGAAUGUCUUCUUCCAAUACCAUCCCCUGAACGAAUUGACCGUAUCCUGGACUCCACCUGUAAACCUGGAUGGCAUCACUGGGUACAGCCUGGUGUACACCGCCAACGGUAACCAGAAAGAGGUCACCAUCGACGGUCCCGGAGCAACGACCACCACCGUCCAAGACAACGAUCUCGCGGGCAACCCUCCCUUAAUUGUGCUCCUGGCUCCGAUGAUGAACGGCAAUGUUGAUGGUGCUAAUAUUGUAAGGGCGACGACUCCAACAGAGCAAGACCAAGUCCUGCCACCUGCACCACAAGAUGCAACAGUUCAGCGGACAUCGAUCAACAGCUACCAGCUGACAUGGACUAAUACGAAUGGUAACAGCCCGGUGGCUAUCGAGGGAUACGUUAUUUCGUUCGCACCAACGACACCAACUGGGACUGAUUUCAGCAGUAUAGAAGUGCCUCCCGACAGGAACGUGGAACAGAUCCAGGGCCUCCAGCCAGACACAGACUACACGUUCUAUCUGUAUAGCCAGAACAAUGGACUGAGAUCUCGAGCGAACCUGACGACGCUACCUCCCGUAACCCAAGAUCUAAAGCCUCCUGAAAACUUUAUCUUAUACCAGCUGAGUCUUUCAUCCAUUUUGCUCCGAUGGGACCCACCAGCUCCUCCUGAUAAUUCCUUUGAAGACUACGUGGUCGUAUACCUUAAUAACGAUAAUGGACAAGUGCUAGAAGAGAUCCAAUUGGAUUCGACGAUAACCAAUUAUGUUGUAUCCAAUCUUCAAGGAGACAUUUCGUAUAUUUUCAGGGUUGUUACUCAAGCCGGUACUGCAAGAAGUGAAAGCAAUGGAUUCAUUGCAAAGCCAUUAGAUCCCUUUACAAACAUUCAACCGAUGGUCGGAGCAGUGACGGAUCAAAAGAUACAGUUGUCCUGGCAGAACCCCAACCUCAACAGGAACUUUGUUGUGCAUCUUUUCAAAGACGACGGGACACAGGAGAUCAACCAAACGCUGCCCAAUCUGCAGAGUACUACGACUGUGAUUCAAGAUUUGAUGUCUGAUUCUACUUACGUCAUUGUAGUUGAGGAUUCCCUUACCUUGACUGUUCUGGGGGUAGUCCAGGCAAUGACAAAUACACCACCUAACUCGGCUGUUACGGUGAACAGCAAGACUGCAUCAUCGGUUACACUAUCCUGGAUAGGGAUUCCAUUAGCCACCAACUAUAGGAUAUCUUACAUUAGUCAAGAUAAUACAGGGGCGGGUGUCAUAAGCUCAACUACCCCAACUUCAGUAGUGACAGGUCUGCAACCUCAGAUGACUUAUACAUUCUCUGUAGUAGCUACUGUAGGCACAUCCGAAGUAAACGUAGGGUCAGUGACUGAAACUACAGAUACCGUGUCGACUAUGGCUGUGAACGCCACACCAGGGACUAAUACCAUUGACCUGUCAUGGGCCAGCAUUCCUAAUACUGUUGUGUACCAAAUCGUCUAUCAGCCACUUGUUCCAGUUGGUAUUGCCAUAGAGAGAAACUCCUUCGAAAAUUUCUUCACCUUAACUGACCUGCUCCCAGUGACGACGUAUAACAUUACGGUAUAUGCAGUCACAAGCAGCUUAGGCACGUCUGCCCUGGUGACAGUAGGGACAGUCGUUGCGUCAACGGUCACAGUUUUAAAACCACCAGAAAACUUUAUUUUAUACCAGCUGAGUGUUUCAUCCGUUUUGCUCCGAUGGGAUCCACCGUCACCGCCUGACAAUUCCUUCGGAAACUACGUGGUCGUAUACUUCGACAGCGCUAAUGGAGAAGCGCCACAAGAGAUACAAUUGGAUUCGACGGUAACCAGUCAUGUUUUGUCCAAUCUUCGUGGAGACGCUUCAUAUAUCUUUCAGGUCGUCACUCAGGCCGGUACCACAAGAAGUGAAAGCAACCCGUUCAUUGGAAAAGCAUUAGGUAAUAAUAACCCGGAGACCGAAACCGAGACCGAUCCCACUACCCGAUGA